UUUAAAUCUUAAGUAUAGUCUAUACAUUGCUAUUUCUUGUAAAUAUGAACUCCUUUUCAUAUUUCAGAUUCCCUAUCUGACCCUGAUCUUGAUGCCUUAAUCCUUCUUAACAAGACCCCUAGUCCAAGUCCUGACCCUACUCAUACCCCCGGGCAUAAACCCGACCCGAAACCAUUUAGCUCCAAUGUUACCCAGCCUAAAGCUAUUUUACCUGACAUCCAUCAAUCCAAAGGCUCUCGCAAUGAUCACCACUCUGAACAACUACCUAUGUCCCAUUUCAAACUUCCAAAUUUUAGCCUACCUAGAGUUUCUGCUAAGAAGCAAGCUGCCCCUCCUAGAACAGAUAAAGAAAAACAACCUGUUCCUAAGUUAGACAACAAGAAAUUGCACCUCAUUGAUAAUGACACUAAGAAAAGAAAAUCUCUCCCGAGAGUGGAUAGCAAAAAGGCCCAACCUCCCAGACUGGAUGACAAGAAUGCAUUCCCUCCAUCAUCCCUCCCUAGAAUGGAAAACAAGAAAACUAAAGUGAAUGCUAAGCAUGCAUUCAAUCCUAAAAUGGAUUGUGAUUUGGUUCCUUCUAAAAAGGAUAACAAAAAGUCAAGUCUUCCAAAAUCUGGUCAUAAAUCAGGUCAUUCUUCCACUCAAAAAGGCCACCAUCAACUAUUGCCCCUGCCAAGAAGGAACUCGGCAAAAUCACCAUUACCGUGUAUAUCAUCAAAACAUGUAUCACAUCCGAAAAAUGAUUUCAAGAAAUUGUCAAUUCCGAAUCUUGUCAGACAGAAAUUGUCCCUUCCUAGGAUUGAUCUCCCAAAGAAAAGUAUCAACAAAAAACUUUCACUUCCACGAACAGAUUUUACCACCACUCUGUCACUUCCUGAUAUAGAUUUUAAAACCUUGCCUCCCUUCACAAGGAAACUCAAGAAGAAAUCAUUACCUAGGACCAAUUUUGAAAGUGUAGAACAUAUUGAUGAUGUCUCUUUGAAUCACUCCAAGCAUAUCAAGACCAAAAUACCACCUGUACUCGUUGAACCUGAUGACUCAAAAUCUGACAAAGAAACCAAACAUGAUGGUGAUGACAUUCUGUUAACUGAUACUGUGCCGCAAAAACCUGAUUUUUAUCUAGAUACUGAUACGAAUGUAGACUCACCUGUCAUUGAUAAAAAUGGUGCAGGAACAGAGGUCAAUGAUGACUCAACUCAUAUAUAUGAAAAUAUUGAGAAAAAGUUUGACAGAAUUGAAACUUUACAUGACGAAGACCAUGAAAUAGAAAUGUGCUCUUCGGAAAGAGGAUUUACAUUCUCAAAUGAUGGAGAGUCCAUACACUCUGAUAGUACACUUGUACCUGAUGAAAAUAUAAUUGCACCUGAUGAAAGCAUAGUUGUACCAGAUGAAAGUACACUUGCACCAGAUGGGAGUGCUAGUGCAAAAGGUGGUGGUGCACAUGUACUCGAUACAAACCUUACUGACCAAGAUGACCAAGUCAGCAAUGUAGCAUUCUUAGAAUCUGAACAAAAACUUGAAAUUGAGAAUCCAAACAAUUCAAACAUAGACAUUGAUUUGGCACAUGGUGAUUUUGAUGAGUCUAAUCUGAGCCCAAGUCAGGGUCUGAGCUCAGACUUGCAAGUCCAUUCCAAUAAGCAUGAACCUUUAAAUUCUGACCCUGCAUCCCUUCACACUUCCUCCCUGAUGCAAACAGCAGGUAUAUCGUCCUCAAACUUUCUCUCAUCUAGGGGUAAAAUAACCAUACUAAUUCAAUUACUAAUAUUCUUAGACCUUUAUUUAAGGACUACUCUUGGUUGAUUAAACUUUUUAACU